AUGUCGUCCCAACCACCAACGCAAGCUCAACUGAAUCUGGCUGCUCUCGCUGGAUCUCCAUCACCUCGAACAAUGCGAAGCCUGCGGAAGAUUCAGUCUCAUCAACACCUCUCCUCUCGACCUCCUCUGAUCUCCCAAGUCUCCUUCGAUAGCGCCUCCGCAGGAGGCGAGGAGCUCUCCAAACCGGCUCAGCUAGAAUCACCCGUCCGACUACGAACACAUCGCCGUGCAAGGUCAAACAGUGAUGCGUCGUCUCGUGAUCCUCCGAAGCUAACGGCACGGCGACCUGGAAGGAAGACCGGUUCCGGCAUUGGGUUGAAGAGAUCUCUUCUGGAAUCGCUAUUGCGGGACGGUCCUCAGCAGGGGAAUGUCCAAGAAGCACUCCAGGAGUUGCGGUAUUUGGUCCUAUCAACGAGAGUAGAAGCGGACGGUGAUGGCAUGUCAACGUACCGAGUCUAUUUAUGGCUGAUCCUCCUGGACAUUCCUCCCCUUCCCACCGAUCGCUAUCUAUCCCUCAUUCAUCGGGGUCGUUCUCCUGCGUAUACGAAAAUCCGCAACGAUACCUUCCGCACUCUAGCCACAGAUCCGCUUUUCAAACGCCGCGUCACGGAAGCCAGUCUCAUCCGGUUGCUCAACGCAGUCGCAUGGAAGAUCCACGAUGCGAAAAACAGAAACAACCUCAAGACUCGUUCGUCCUCUCGGAGGCGUGAAAUGGAACUCCUCAUCAACACCCCGCCGAGCAUCGCUGAAGAAGAGCCGUCUGCGGACGAUAUGACUCCCGACAGCAUGAUCAGCAGCAACAGUAGCACGUCAGCAGUCAGCCCUGGUAUCACCAACGAGACUGCAAUAUAUGUGCAGGGCAUGAAUGUCCUCUGUGCACCUUUUCUUUACGCGGCCCGUAGCGAAGUUGAGGCCUUCGCACUCUUUCAUACUUUCAUCACCCGCGAGUGCCCUGGCUACAUCCGCGGCGCUAUGGAUGGUGUUCAUAGAGGCCUCAACCUCGUCGACCGAUGCCUGGAGAUUGUCGAGCCCAAACUCGCGGCCUACCUCUUCUCCAAAGGACUACAAGCGAAGCUAUACGCAUUCCCGUCCGUUCUGACCCUCUGCGCCUGUACACCUCCCUUACCGGAGGUCCUUCAUCUUUGGGACUUUCUGUUCGCUUACGGGCCCCACCUGAACAUCCUCUGCAUCGUGGCACAACUAAUCUUGAUGAGGGACACCCUCCUCAAAAGCCAAAAUCCAAACAAAAUCCUCCGAUCGUUCCCGCCCCUUGACGCUAAAGAGACGAUCGCCCUGACCGUCCUAAUUGUCCGCAAGAUCCCCGAACCGCUCUACGCCGAACUGAUAGAUCAUGCUAAAUAA